AGUUAGCAUGUUAGCAUCUUAGCAUCUCUCGUGCUGUUUUGUCAUGUCCUUUAGCGAUGUCUACAGCUUCUAAAGUAGUUCUGGGGUUAUCAGUGGUUCUGACUGUCAGCACCGUGGCUGGAGUGCACAUUAAACAGAACUGGGACAGACAGAGGUUGCGUGAGGGAGUUCUGAGAGAUCUGGAACGUGUAGAAAAGAAGCGUGAAAACCUGGAAGCUCUGAAGGACCAAAUUCGCCUUACCAAAGAGCUCGUGGCACAACGAGAUCAGCUGGAAGACCCCAAACCAGCCAGUGACGCCCAGGGUUCCUGA